UGUAUGGUUCCCACCGGCGUGAAGCAGAAGGAUGACUUUGGUCUGUUGGUGGGACAGUCUUGAAAGAAGGAGCCAAAUGUGUGGAAGUCUGUGGGAAGAGAGAGCCACCUAGCAUGUCCCCACUGAACCAGUCGGCAGAAGGCCUUCCUCAGGAGGCCUCCAACGGAUCCCUGAAUGCCACAGAAACCCUAGGGGCUUGGGAUCCCAGGACCCUCCAGACGCUCAAGAUCUCCCUUGCCGUGGCCCUUUCCAUCAUCACACUGGCCACAGUCCUCUCCAAUGCCUUUGUACUCACCACCAUCUUUCUCACCAGGAAGCUCCACACCCCUGCCAACUACCUGAUUGGCUCCCUGGCCACCACUGACCUCUUGGUUUCCAUCUUGGUCAUGCCCAUCAGCAUCGCCUAUACCAUCACCCACACCUGGAACUUUGGCCAAAUCUUGUGUGACAUCUGGCUGUCUUCUGACAUCACAUGCUGCACGGCCUCCAUCCUGCAUCUCUGUGUCAUUGCUCUGGACAGGUACUGGGCAAUCACAGAUGCCCUGGAGUACAGUAAACGCCGGACGGCCGGCCACGCGGCCACCAUGAUCGCCAUCGUCUGGGUCAUCUCCAUCUGCAUCUCUAUCCCCCCACUCUUCUGGCGGCAGGCCAAGGCCCAGGAGGAGAUGUCGGACUGCCUGGUGAACACCUCUCAGAUCUCCUACACCAUCUACUCCACCUGUGGGGCCUUCUACAUUCCCUCGGUGUUGCUCAUCAUCCUCUAUGGCCGGAUCUACCGGGCUGCCCGGAACCGCAUCCUGAAUCCACCCUCACUCUAUGGGAAGCGCUUCACCACGGCUCACCUCAUCACAGGCUCUGCAGGGUCCUCGCUCUGCUCACUCAACCCUAGCCUCCAUGAGGGGCACUCGCACUUGGCCGGCUCCCCUCUCUUUUUCAACCACGUGAAAAUCAAGCUUGCUGACAGUGCCCUGGAACGCAAGAGGAUUUCCGCUGCUCGAGAAAGGAAAGCCACGAAAACCCUGGGCAUCAUUCUGGGGGCUUUUAUCAUCUGCUGGCUGCCCUUCUUCGUGGUGUCUUUGGUCCUCCCCAUCUGCCGGGACUCCUGCUGGAUCCACCCGGCCCUCUUUGACUUCUUCACCUGGCUAGGCUAUUUAAACUCCCUCAUCAAUCCAAUAAUCUACACUGUGUUUAAUGAAGAGUUUCGGCAAGCUUUUCAGAAAAUUGUCCCUUUCCGGAAGGCCUCCUAGUCUUAUU